AUGAUCCUUUGGCUGUGGCUCUGCUGGGGCUUCCCCACCUCGGCGGGGCAGCCCGACUCGGAGCUGAUGGCCAGGUAUCUGGAGGAGCAGCUGCUGGCAGACUCCAGCAUCGUGGAGCAGGUCGCUCGCCGUGUCCCAAGACAGGCCAAAUUCCUGCAGAGGCUGGAAACCAGGCCUCGGAUGUCUGAGUUCAACGUGAGAUCCACAAUCAUUUCCCGCUAUGCCUUCACCACGGUGUCCUGCACGAUGGUGAACAGCGGAUCCGAGGCACGGGAAGCCGUGUUUGAGAUGCAGAUCCCAGCUGCAGCCUUCAUCUCCAACUUUACCAUGAGCAUCGGCAACAAGACUUACUACGGAGAGGUCACAGGGAAAGAAAAGAAAAACAGCAGUGAUGACAAAACAAGGGAUAAGAAACCUUCCAGCCCCACAGAUGGAAGGGAGAACGGCUACGAGACAUUCAGAGCUUCUGUCUUCAUUCCUCGCAAGAUGCAGGCCAGGUUUGUACUGCACUAUGAAGAACUUUUGCAAAGAAGACUGGGAAAAUACGAGUACACGGUGAGCAUCCGGCCCCAGCAGCUGGUGGGGAGGUUGCGAGUGGAGGUGAACAUCCUGGAGAACUCAGGAAUAGUGUCACUGGAAGUGCCUCCCCUCCGAAACAGCAAGCAGAAAGGCAAUGGGAAAGCUGAAGGUGAUGUGUCUCCUCCUCCUUCUACUGUAGUUGGACACACCAAAACUUUAGCUAAAGUUACUUUCAAUCCCAGUGUUGUCGAGCAAACCAGGAUAGCCCGAAACGGAAUUUUGGGAGACUUCAUAAUUAGAUAUGAUGUCAACAGGGAGCUGAGUGUUGGGGAUGUUCAGAUUCUUAAUGGGUAUUUCGUGCACUACUUCGCCCCCACAGAUCUCCCUCCUCUGCCCAAGAACGUUGUGUUUGUGCUCGACAGCAGUGCUUCCAUGGUGGGAACAAAGCUCAAACAGACCAAAGAAGCUCUCUUCACAAUCCUCCAGGACCUAAGGCCUGAAGACCACUUCAACAUCAUUGGCUUUUCCAACCGGAUAAAGGUGUGGCAGCAGGACCGGCUGGUGCCGGUUACUCCAAACAACAUCAGAGAUGCCAAAAAGUACAUUCAUAACAUGUCACCUACUGGAGGGACUAAUAUUAAUGGAGCUCUCCAGACUGGUGCAAAGCUGCUCAACGACUACAUUGCUCAGAACGACAUCGAUGCCAGGAGCGUCUCUCUGAUCAUCUUCCUCACGGAUGGGAGGCCAACUGUUGGGGAAACACAGUCAUCCAAAAUCCUCAGCAACACCAAGGACGCCGUCCGUGACAAAUUCUGCCUUUUCACCAUCGGCAUUGGCAACGACGUGGACCACAAGCUGCUGGAGAGGAUGGCACUGGAGAACUGCGGAAUGACGAGGCAUUUCCAGGAGGAUGAGGAUGCAGCCAGCCACCUCAAAGGGUUCUAUGAUGAAAUAGGAACACCCCUCCUCUCUGACAUCCGUGUUGAUUACCCUGAGGAUGAUGUGGAGCAGGUCACCCAGAACUUCUUCCCCAACUACUUCAAUGGCUCUGAGAUUAUAAUCGCCGGCAAACUCAUCAACCGCACCUCAGACAAGCUCCACGUGGAGGUGACUGCCAGCAACUCCAAGAAGUACAUCCUCCUCAAAACAGACGUGGCCAUUGACCUGCCGAGCAGGAAUGACAUCAGAGGUGUCCCCGGCCUGGAAGACGGCAAGGGUGACAAAAAUUACAUCGAGAGGGCGUGGAGUUACCUCACCAUCAAGGAAUUGCUUAACUCCCGGUUGAAGAGUGAUGACAGUCAGGAAAAAGACCAUUUGAUGGAGAAAGCCAAAUCCAUGGCCCUGGCUUACAAUUUUGUUACUCCCUUCACCGUGCUGAAGAUGAGAGAGGCUGGGCUCCAUUCAGAACCACCUCAGGAGGAGUUUAUCAGGCCUUCUACUGAUGGAAUCGGGGAGAAGCUGCAGAGCUUGCAGGGACACAGAGCACCACCAGGUAUACGCAGAGAGCAAGAUAAACAAGUACAAGAUAAACAAAGAAUUAAAAUUUCCAAAACUUCAGCGGAUGGAGACCCUCACUUUGUCAUUGACUUUCCCUCCAGCAAGUUCUCUGUCUGCUUCAAUAUUGACGGAGAACCAGGGGACAUUCUCCGGCUGGUCUCUGAUCACAAGGAAUCUGGUGUCACCGUGAAUGGGCAACUGAUUGGAGCUCCUGCACCACCCAAUGGCCACAAGAAGCAUCGGACUUACUUCAGCACCAUCACCAUCCUCAGCAACAAGCCAGAGAGAUCCUACCUGGAGAUCACACCCAGAAGGAUCAUCCUGGAUGACGGGGAAAGGCUCGUCCUGUCCUGUGGUCGGAGUGCUGUCGUGAGAAGCAGGAGCCUCGAGGUGUCCAUCUCUGCCAACUCCAACGUCACCGUGACGAUACGAGACACCAUCAGCUUUGUCAUCCUCAUCCACCGCUACAAGAAGCCGGCCCCGUAUCAGAGGAACCACCUGGGGUUCUACAUCUCCAACAGCAAAGGCCUCUCUUCUGACUCCCACGGGCUACUGGGUCAGUUCUUGAACCACGAAGUUAAACUUCUUCAGGAAUCUCUAAACGCAAGUCAUCAGCAGGUUGGUCAGAAUCACACUGAAGCGUUAAAGCCAAACCCUACAAAUACCCUGAAGGUGAAGGGACGGCUCAUUCCUGUGGUGUGGAAGCAGAGGAGGAUCUACAAUGGCCAGCAGGAGGUUGAAUGUUGGUUUGCCAAAAACAAUGCGGACAAACUGAUUGAUGGGAGCUAUAAGGACUAUUUGGCUUCUCACCCUUUCGACACAGGGACCAGCUUUGGGACAACUAACAGCCUUUAAGACCAGUCCUAACAAUGCAUUGCAGCAGGAUGUGUGACAGCAGGUCCCUUCUGAAGCCUCUAGUAGGCCACUUAAUGAAUAUUUCUUUACUUUUUGGUGCCAAAGAAACUAAGGACUCUGCCCUUGGAAAUCAGCUGUCUCUUUUUCAUGCUAGAUGAACACUGUUCAUCAAAUUCCUGAAGAACAAGGAGGUUGGGGGGGAGGGUUGAGGACAUGGUUAAAGGCAUGACUGGUGAUCUCCCAGUGGGAAGGGAGGGAGAAAUGGGCCAGCACUCAUACUGGACAGAGUAGAGAGCUGCUGACCUUUGAGUAAACCCAUGCAGGGAUCUGUGCAAUUCACCCAAGAGGCUGGUGAGUCACCUCCUGAGAGGCAGAGGUCAUACAGCAGUGCCUAUUGAGGUGAUAUGCUUUGCACAGAAGUGACUUGGAGUACCUGCUCCAACCUUGGUCCUUGGGGAAAGAAGAGAGAGAGAGAAGAGGUGGGUGGAUAUUCAUCUGCAGUGACUCCCUAGCAUCAAACAGGUAACAAAACCAAAGCCUUAAAUCAACAGGCCACAGAAGGGUAUUGCUUUCCUGGUUAUUGGGAGGAGGUCUGGAUUUAUCACUGAGCAUAAGUUUCCCUGAAUCACUACAGACUCUUAAAACAGUGGUGAAAACCUUCAUGUGGUUUAUUGCUGUCUCAGGGCACAGCCUGAGUGCUUAAAAAGCACCUCCAGUCUUCAGCAGCAACAGGCUCCCAUUCCAUGGAGCAGCUAAUUCAACGUAAUUCAGUUUAAAUAUCAUUGCAGGAUUAGUGAUUUCUUGAGUCUUGACUCCCUCAGAGAGAAACAAAGUUCCACUAUGAGCUUCCAACAGACCUGCCACGUCCUUGAGGAUCUCAUCACUUCUGUUUAGCAAAGAUUUACAUUCUCCAAGGGAUGAUGAACCAGAACCCACAACAGCCUAUGAGCCUACAAAAGCAGACUCUUCAAUUUAGACUAGAUGUUUCUAGCUGCUUUUCUAAUCAUGGAGGAAGUCUUUAUUUAUUCCAAAUUGUAAAAAAAAGAAAAUUCAUCCCUGGCUCCUUUCUCCUCCCUUACGCUGCAGGAAUUUGCACGCAGCAGGAAUUUGGCAGCAGGAGGUUACAGAAGGGUCUGCCAGCCACCCCCACUGCAGGUGGUGCUGCUCUGCAAAGAAACCUCCAGACCCAAACUGCAAGCCUGUGGUCUAUUUUAAAGUGAGGCAUCACUGAGCAAUGCUAUAGAUCAGUCACAGGGGCAUUCUAGUAGAGAACUUGUCCAAAGAGGACUUGACAACCACAAAGACAUUUACAUGGCAAGGCCAAACUGAGCUUAUGUAUGCUCUGCCUUUCCAGAACUGAAAGGAAGGAGGGAGGGUGUAGAAGCAGCUCCAGAAAUUAAAUUAUAUCCAUGUGUUAGGAGAAAACAGAGUUGCCAGAGACCUGCAGAAAUAGAUUCAAUCUUGACUGAUUUUUUUGCAUAUUUAACAAUUAAACCCUAGUGUUGCUGUAGGAGAUCCAGCUGCUGGGGGUGGGGUGGUGAUUUUCCAGUUGCUUGAGCAACUAGUUAGUGCUACUAGACCGUGGCAGCAGAGCAGGUGGCAAGCAUGGUUUCUUAUUCACACCAUGUCCUGCCUGGAAGAGGGAAACAGCCAAAAGCAACCAGCAAGAUUUAAUUGCACUCUGGAAGAUCCUUACAGUACAAAACUCAUGCCAAGGCUCGUACUUUGGAACAAAACAUAAAGGAAAAAAAACUACUGCUUUGGGCCCUGCUAUUUUGAGAAAUAGCUCUCCUGCAAGGGAGAAUCGAAGGCAAGACCUUCAGUGCAGUCCUGAGUGUGGAAUAAUGAAAGAUGUUUAAUGCUCUGCAGUGGGCUCAUGGGCCAGAAAUGAGAUGAGAAAGAACAUCUGUGAAGUUGACUUUUCCACCCAAGAAGACAGCAGGAAGAUCACCUACAGCCCAUAUCCAACCAACCUCCCAUUCCACUGGCAGGGGAGAACAGGAUAGUGGCAAUGAAUUUCUAUACAGUCCAGGGUUCACCAGGUGUCUUCAUACUAUCCUUACUGAAAAGAGAUUUCUUUGAAAUCUUUCCUCCCACAUUUUGCUGUUCAGUCAUAUUGCUAAGGGGAGCAGUUGGCUUGGGCUCUCCUCUCCUGUAUAUAGAUAUGUAUAUAAUAUAUAUAUAUACA